AUGCCCACCACCUCAUCCCAUUCAACAAUCAACAUUGCUUUCGCUUCCCGUCAAUCCGAAUUUCGGAACUAAUAAUCGACUUUUCCCGCGAAUCUGAACUGAGUGCGGAGAUCUGCAGUCUGCAGAGCGAUUGAGUGAAGAGUUUGUGGCGCGUGACUGCGUCUUGGUGCUUAGUGUUGCGGAAACAAUGGGAGAAGAACGGCUGAUGGACUCCGUUCGCUCCAUAGUCUUUAAAGAAUCAGAAACCCUAGAAGGAACAUGCCCACAGAUUAGAGGUUACGAUUUCAAUCGAGGUUUGGACUAUGCUGAGCUUCUCAAAUCCAUGGCGUCCACCGGGUUCCAGGCCUCCAAUCUGGGAGACGCAAUCGAAGUCGUCAAUCAGAUGCUAGAUUGGAGGCUCGCUGACGAGGUUCUGAGUGAAGAUUGUAGUGAGGAGGAAAAGGACCUUAACUAUAGAGAGUCUGUGAGGUGCAAAGUGUUCCUAGGUUUCACUUCGAAUCUCAUUUCUUCAGGUGUUCGAGAAACGGUUCGGUAUCUCGUCGAGCAUCGCAUGGUAGAUGUAGUUGUUACUACUGCUGGUGGUAUAGAAGAGGACCUUAUAAAAUGCCUUGCACCCACCUAUAAAGGUGAUUUUUCUCUACCUGGAGCUUAUUUGCGCUCAAAAGGUUUAAACCGCAUUGGUAACUUGCUAGUUCCUAAUGACAACUAUUGCAAAUUCGAGGAUUGGAUUAUACCAAUUUUUGAUAAGAUGUUGGAAGAGCAGUCCAAAGAGAAUGUGCUUUGGACGCCAUCAAAGGUGAUUGCUCGUCUAGGGAAAGAAAUCAAUGACCAAAGUUCAUAUCUUUUUUGGGCAUACAAGAACAACAUUCCAGUCUUUUGCCCAGGUUUAACAGAUGGCUCACUAGGUGACAUGUUAUACUUCCAUUCCUUCAGAAAACCUGGUUUAGUUAUUGAUAUCGUGCAAGAUAUUAGGGCCAUGAAUGGGGAAGCCGUUCAUGCAAGUCCUAGGAAGACAGGCAUGAUAAUUCUUGGCGGAGGCAUGCCCAAGCAUCACAUUUGCAAUGCCAAUAUGAUGCGUAAUGGUGCAGAUUAUGCUGUUUUCAUCAACACAGCACAAGAGUUUGAUGGGAGUGAUUCUGGAGCACGUCCUGAUGAGGCUGUCUCGUGGGGAAAGAUACGAGGUUCUGCCAAGACUAUCAAAGUACAUUGUGAUGCAACCAUUGCUUUCCCUCUACUGGUUGCAGAAACGUUUUCCAAGAAUGCUAAUAAAUAUACAAAGAUUGCUGCUUAAUGUAAUGUGGUUUAAGUUAUAUUUAUUUUACAGUAGCCAAGAUCUAAAACCCUGAUAGUAAUAAAAUAAUCUUAAUUUAGCUUUAGGAUGAUCUCAAAUCUGUUCUGAUCAUUGAAAACAUUUAGGCAUGUUUAGUAGGAAUUUCAGUCCCAGUGAUUUGCACGAUGCAUGUGGCAUAUGGUACAUGGAUGAAUGAAUUACUUUGAUUACUACAUUAAAGAGAGAGUCAUGAGUCAUGACAUUAUGACAAGGUUGGGAUUGUUCACAUGCGUUGGAGACUUCAAUUUGCGUUUAGCAGGUGCCAAGUGGGAAUAUUAAUAUCAUCAAACUUGCUUAUUAACUGCU